AUGAAAUUCUUCACGGGCCUGGCCGCACCAGUUUUUUCGGCCUUGGGCCAUGGCUCAGCCCAACAACAGGGCACUAAGCUUAACCCACCUGCUCUCUCGGACUCUCUCGGCCAUGGAGGCCGCAAGCCCGCAAGCAAUCAGGAGCCGGGGAGAUGUGGAGACGCCGGCGACGAGGCGAAGAAGAAGGAGGCGGCGCUUGCAUCAAGCAGGCUCCUCGACCCGGCGUUCAAGCCCUCCAAACUAUCCCAGGACCGGCUCGACAAGUUUAAGGAAUUACACAAGAAACGGUUACAGAUAACUGAAAAGCCGAAGUAUAAAAGAAAACUGAAAGUUCUCCAAGAGAUGUACAUCAUACGUCAUCAAUUACAGGAAUCCAAGGGGAUCCUGCAUCAGGCCUGUCCUCGAGGAACAAAAGAAAGCUACAUUGGGGGCUUGAUAUUAAAGGACGAUGGGGAAGGAAGGCAAACAUGUAAAAAUCUGAAGACCCAACCGCAAAAGCAUAUCCACAGUUCCACACCCCACUUGAUUCAGAUUUGAAAGGAGAAGGACAGAGGAAAGUGGCAGGCCUUUUCCACGGAUCAUCAGGUUGCUUGUAAGGUUCAUGUUUGUGACAGCAACCAGAAACACUGGAGCGUGGACAGCAGUCUCAGAACUAAGCAGUAAGCUAUAGUAUCCAAACUUACAAGUGCGAUGAUAGUUUGUUUAUCGGUUUCGCUUGCUGUGUGGUGUAGUUUGUCUGUUUUUGUUUGUUUUUUUUUUGGUGAAAAAAACACUGAUGGUGCAAGUGCAACAGAGGCCCACGUGGCUCGUCAACCUUUUGCAAGGCCUGGCAGGCCCGCGUUGAUUUAGCCCUUUUCCCUUGUACCUUAUGUUUAUGAUCUGGGGGUUGAGCCUAUUAUGAUCAAGAUGUUGUUGAGGUAUAUAUUAAGAUUAUUCUCUCA